AACAAAACAGAGACAGCUCCUGAAAAGGGUGUUAGCGUAUAGUUAGCUUGCAACUCGAGGUAAACAACUGGUGUUGUGGCUCGUGUAUCACCCAGGCUCGACUAAAAAAAUAUUACUAGCUUUUUGGCAUGAUAAAUUAAAUAUUCACUUUGGAGCAGUAUGGUCCGACUGUAAGGAAACACAGCUGGCCACGGCUGUUCGCUACAUUUUUAGGGCUAGUUUUAAUCUAGCUAACGUUAGCAGGCUAGCUCGCCAGGCUAGCUCUAUGUAUGCCAAGCUGCGGCAGGUUAGCUAGCUAGUUGCUAGCUUGUUGGCUAGCUCAGUCGGCAAGGCAAGGUGGAGACCAACAACGUGGAGAUGCGAAUAAAGAAAGGGUGGCCUUGAAUGACUAAAUGAGCAAGACAGGCAAGUGCGAAGAUCUCUGGGAGAUUCAACAUGAAGUUGUAUGUGUUCCAGGUCAACAAUGGCAGCACGCUGACAUUUGACACUGAGCUUGCUGUCCAAACUGUGCUGGAGCUUAAACAUGCCAUCCAGGUCAAAUAUAAGAUUGCAACUCAACAUCAAGUCCUUGUUGUCAAUGGAGGGGAGUGUAUGGCUGCAGAGAGGCGAGUCUGCAGCUACAGUGCUGGCACUGACACCAACCCCAUAUUCCUAUUCAACAAAGAGAUGAUCUUGUGUGACCGGGAUCCAACAAUCCCCAAAACCACCUUCUCGAUUGAGAGUGAGAUUCAAGUGAAGGUGGAAGAGUCUCUUAUGAUGCCAGCUGUCUUUCACACCGUUGCCUCGCGAACACAACUUGCUGUGGAAAUGUUUGAAGUUGCCAAGAAACUUUGCUCUUUCUGUGAGCGUUUGGUUCAUGAUGAACACCUCCAACACCAAGGCUGGGCUGCUAUCAUGGCUAACCUGGAUGACUGCACCUUGUCUUAUCAGAAGUUGCUUUGGAAAUUUGACACAGCAUACACAAAUUAUCAGCAGGACUUGGAGGAAAUUAAAUUGAAACUCACAAAGUUAGGAACAGCAGUCUCUGUCAUGGCCAAGAUACCUCUGCUGGAAUGUUUGACAAGGCAUAGUUAUAGAGAGAGCAUCGAGAAGUCCAGCUCAACCCCCGAAAAAGAUUCAGAUGAGACAGAGGAAGAGAAAUCCACCGACUCUGUACUCUGCACCACUGAUGCACAGAGGACCUCAAAGUUACCCACAUCUGUCCCUGCUCCGGGUACAACCAUAUCUGAACCGACUGAAGAACAGGAAAUGAACGAAAUGACUGACAGCGGUGGCCUGAGGGCUGCCUUACAGGAGGAUGAUACUCCAGAGCUGGCUAACCCUCCCUCUUUCAAUGUCACACUACUGGACUGGAUCAAUGUACAAGACAGGCCCAAUGAUGUGGAAUCAGUUGUGAGGAAGUGCUUUGACUCCAUCAAUAGGCUUGACCCACGCAUUAUUCAGCCCUUCCUGGCUGAUUGUCGAGAUACAAUUGCCAAACUAGAUAAUCAAAACAUGAAAGCCAUCAAGGGGCUUGAGGACAGGUUGUAUGCUCUUGACCAAAUGAUAGCAAGCUGUAAGAAGUUGGUGAAUGAACAGAAAGAACUUGCUCAGGGAUUUUUGGCCAAUCAGAAGCGGGCUGAAAACCUGAAGGACACAUCUGUUUUGCCUGACUUGUGUUUGAGUCACACUAAUCAGCUGAUGAUCAUGCUGAACAACCACAGGAAGCUGCUGGACAUCAAAAAGAAGUGCACCACUGCCAAACAAGAACUUGCAAACAACCUUCAAGUCCGACUCAAAUGGUGCUGUUACGUAAUGCUUCAUGCAGACCAGGAUGGGGAGAAGCUCCAAGCUCUACUCAGGCUACUGACAGAGCUAAUGGAGAGAGUGAGGGUGGUGGAGGCCCUCAGUACUGUGCCCCAGAUGUACUGCCUGGCAGUGGUGGAAGUCGUCAGGAGAAAGAUGUUCAUGCGCCACUACAGAGAGUGGGCCUGUGCACUUGUGAAGGAUGGGAAACAACUUUAUGAAGCUGAAAAGUUCAAAAGGGAAACAUUUGGGAGACUCUUUAGAAAGUCUUUUCUCAGAAACCGCUUGUUUAGAGGUCUUGAUUCAUGGCCUCCCACAUCAUUUUGUACACGAAAACCCAGAAGGUUUGAUUAUGAGCUUCCUGACAUCUCACUUGAGGACCUGCAGUACCUUAAGUCUUGUUGUCCUGCAGAGGUGCAGCCUUUUCUCAUGGUUCCCACACUGUGUGAUUUUGAACCCUUAAAUCACCAUGUAGAGAUGCUUCAUCAGCUGGUCCAAGCUGCACAGAGUGUGGAUGAGAUGUCUCAAACCAUUACUGACCUACUAAGUGAACAAAGGGCAUCCUGUAGCCAGAGUGCUCAGAGAUCAGCUGCGUUGACCUCACAGUCUGAAAGCAUACCUGGGACCACAACCCCUGUCUCCUCCAAAACUCCCUCCUCUCUCAGCCUUCAGGGUCCCACCUGCCAGCCCCUUCAUGUUCCCAUCCCAGCACCUUUAGAGGACUUGUCCCCAGACAGCAUUGAUGCACAAACCUUUGACUUUGAAACCAUCGGCCACCCGAACAUGGACCCAGUCCUUCAGCAGGGCUCCCUUGAUUUGGAUUCUUUGGCAGAAAGCCCUGAGUCUGACUUCAUGUCUGCUGUUAAUGAGUUUGUGAUUGAAGAGAACUUGACCUCCCCCAACCCCAUCAGUGACCCUACUAGCCCUGAAAUGAUGGUGGAGUCACUUUAUUCCUCUGUCAUCAAUGCUAUAGACAAUAAGCGAAUGCAGGACACCACAAUAUUAGAGAGGGAAAACUCAAAGAUAGCUGUUCUGAAGCAAGUUAUUGACAAGUAUCGAUUUGCUGCAGAGGAAUCUCAGUCCAACUUAAAAAGCGUCAAGGAUGACCUCUACCACUUUAGAGGCCUGGUGCUGAAGGAACAGCGUGAUUUUGGCUUUGCCCUCAAGACUAUGACCAUAGAGGUGCGCAGCAUUGUGGACAACAUCCGCCAGACCCAUGAACUGGAGAUGAAGGAGCAGCACCAAAGUCAGCUCCUCUGCCUUCGGCAAGAGCUUGAGGAGCAAAUCCGAACACUAAUGGAGGAAAACCAGGUCAACCAGAAUAUUGUCAAAGAUGUUCAGCGUGCUAUGCUGGAGCUGGAGGGGCUUCUGGAGCGUAAAGAGAAGGAACUCACUCAACUGGAGAGUGAGAGGGAACGAUGGGUUGAAGCAGAGGCCAGCCAGACAGAGAGGAUUAAAGACCUUGAGCAGAAGAUCAAUGAUCAAGUUGAAGAGAUAAAGACUCUCUCAACUUCCAGAGACACCCUGACCAACCAGCUUGAGAAUUUGCACUUUGAGAUUGAACGUGGACAGCAGAAGAUUCGACAAGAGUUGGAGGGAGUUGAGCAGUCUCACCUUAAGGAGCUCGAAGAGAGGAUGAGUCAGCAACACCAAGUCCAGCUGGAUACCCUAACCAGAGAAAACCAGGAGGCUCUGGAGCUCCUCGCUGCAGAGCAUAGGGCCAAGUUUACUGAGGCAGCUGAUCACCACGCUGCUAUCCUGAGAGAGAAAGAUGCUAAAAGCAAGGAUUUGGAGGCUCGCACUGUUGAAUUGGCAGACCUGCGCUGUAAGCUAGAAGUGGAGCUUGCCCUCAAAGAGUCUGAGACUGAAGAGGUUAGGUUGUUACUUGAGGAGGCCAAGGUACAGCAGGCUGAGGCUGUGAAGGCCCAGGUAGAGGCUGAGACAAAAGUCCUAAGCCAAGAGCUGGCAGAACUCAAACGACAGCUUCAGGUGAAGAAUGAGGAGUAUGAAGUGGACCUAGCAGAGCUGAGGACUCUAAUGCGGAUUGAAAAGGACCAUUGCAUCUCUGAGCUGGUGGACAGGCAUGAGGAGGAGACUGUCUUGUUGCGCAGUGAGCUCUCCUCUUUGCAGCAGCAGGCCCAAGAUGCUGUGAGGAAACAUGCUGAGCAACAGCAGAAACUCCAACAGGAUUUAGACUUACAAGUUGCUGUUCUACAUGAAGAAAAAGAAGAGCAGCAGAGGAGUUUCCAGGAGCAGGAGCGAGAGUUGAGGACUGUUAUCUGCAGUUUGCAGGCAGAAAAUGAGCUGCACGCUAAAAGAUUAGAGCAGGACAGACGAGCAGUUCAGGAAAGUUUAGAGAAAGAAGAGGCCUUGAAGGUUGCAUUACCAGAUGCCUUUAAAGAGUUAGAGCAGCAAAAGGAAGAGAUGGAGAAGAAACUUUUAGACAAAAUUAGGCAACUUGAAAAUGAGCUUCACGGGAGACAAUCCUCAACAAGGGAGGAAGGGCUGUCCCUGCACAGUGAGGGGCGUGCAGAAGCCGGAGCACCUCUGUCCUUGGACUCAGCCUUACAGGAGCGGUUGCAGCAGGAGAGGGCCUCCCUGCAGACCCAGAUGGAGCUCCUCGAGAAGAGGAAAAAUGAGGAGAUGCAGAACCUCAAGACAUCGCUCAUUGCAGAGCAGCAGACUAAUUUCAACACUGUUCUAACUCGGGAGAAGCUCAAGAAAGAGCAGAUCAUCAAUGAGCUGACAGAAAAGUUGCGGAAAGUUACCCAGCAACAGGAGAAGGACAAAGCUCUGAUAGAGACUCUUUCGGAGGACCGUGCUAGCGUCAUGAAGGAGAAGAAGCACCUGGAGGAGGAGCUGAACCGCCUGCGCAGCACCGCCCUGGUCUCCUCUGCCUUCUUCACCUCUGCUUCUGCAGCUCAGGAGGCCACAGAAGCUGGGGCAGCAGCUCGGGCCACGCCUGUCGCAGGGGCCUGUUCCUCUGAGCCUCUGGCUGCAGCAGACAGACUGGCCUCUGUGGCCGCCAUUCGAGACGAUGAACAUGUCGACUCGGCAGUGGAGGCUAGCAUGGUGACAGUCCAUGAUAACGUCUUGAUGUCAGAGGAGAAACAGCGGAUACUCUUACUUGAGAGGACUUUACACAUGAAGGAAGAAGAAAACAAGCGCCUCAGUCAAAGACUGAUGUCUCAAAGCAUGUCGUCUGUGUCAUCACGCCAUUCAGAGAAAAUCGCCAUCAGAGAUUUCCAAGUAGGCGAUUUGGUCCUCAUCAUCCUCGAUGAAAGGCAUGACAACUAUGUUCUGUUCACAGUCGGUCCCACCCUCUACUUCCUCCACUCAGAGUCUCUCACUGCACUGGACCUCAAACCAGCAUCAGGGACCUCCAGACGGCCAUGGGUUCUCGGGAAGGUGAUGGAGAAGGAAUAUUGCCAGGCAAAAAAGGCACAGAACAGGUUCAAAGUUCCUUUGGGAACAAAGUUCUACAGAGUGAAAGCUGUUCCAUGGAACAGGAAAGUAUAAUAGCCAAGUAAUGAGCUACAGUGUAUAUUUAUAUCGCUUAAAAUUUUUGAACAGAAUCUUCACACCAUAAUUCAUAACUUGAAAAAUGAAAGACCCGAAAAAUCGAAAGAAUGAAGAUCAUCAUCAUGCUACUUUGGCUUUUAGUUCAAGAUCCCACCUACUACCACAUUUUUUUUCUUUCUUUUUUUUUUUCCUUUUUUUUCUUUUAAUCCCAGAUUUGUUAUUGUGGACCAAAUGCUAUUACCUUAUUAGGGCAAUGCCCUAUACACUGUGGCAUAAAGCCAUUUGACCUGUGUGUAAAUUGAACAAAAAGUAUUUGGAUGUUAAAUAUUAGUUCUCAUUAUCAGCAUUUGUCCUUUUGUGGAAAAUACUGUGUCAUUAUCAACAUAAUUCAAAUGAAAAUAUACAUUUAUUAUAAAUGUUUAUGGAGGAAUGUUCAUGGCAUGCAUAUUGAUAUAUUUUCUUUGAUUUUACUUAUCCAGAUAAAUGUUGUAGUUGGAAAUGUAGUUAAUGCCGUUUGUUACUCACAAAGCAGUAUGGCCCUCUGUCAAUACUGAAAUGUAUAUUAUGGCUGACUGAUGGAAACAGUCGUCAUUGCAAUCCUUGAAAUGCACUUUCAAAAACAAUGCUUUUUUUUGUUGAUUUGAAAAGGGAAGUAAUUGAGCUGUCGAAACUAAGUAUAAAAAAAAAGAUAACAGCACAAACUUCUCGCUAUCAUAGAAUAUUGACAUGUAGAAAGGAAUUCUUUGUGACUGUGUUUCAUUAUUGGAAGACAUUGUACAUUACCCAUCAAAUCACACAUGUAACAAUAAAUGACUGUAUUGUAAAAGAUAUUAGAGUUUUGAAACAAUAAAGGAUUGAUCCCAAACAUA